AUGGUCGCUGCUGAUCUCGGUAUCGUUGGCACAGAUACAACAGGGUAUUGUUGGCCAUCAACCAUGGCAAGAGGUCCAAUCGACACAUCCACGACUGGCCCAGAGCCGCUGCUGCACGCCACGCCGACGACGUCAAGGUCCGAACCACCAUUGUGUACGACAGCACCGGAUGCCGCACCAAUUGGCAGUGUACAGUACUUUGACAGAGUGCGAGAGGUCCAAGAGGUCAGGACGAUGCUGCAAGCCCUCGGCCGGAGAACAGUCGAAGAAGAGUUCUACAGGCAAUCCUGCUUGUGGAUGGAUAUGGCGACGGUCACAGACCGACCGGACUAUGCGCCGUUUGGGUUCAGGGAGCUCGAUCGGGAGCCCAUAGUGGUGCAGCCUUGCAGAGUCCCUCGAGAUUAUCGCCCAUGCUUGCUCCCCCCGUUGCCCCCGCUGCCCCCGCUGCCCCCAGCACUGCCGAGGCCCGAUUACGGAGUGCCGCUGUUUAGUCCCUUUACUGGGUUGCGCUUCGAGGACUUUUUCCGCCGGUAUCCCCACCCCGAGGACGACGAGUGCGUGGCUUUCAACCAAACGGAGUGGCUGCUGCAGAGGAGGGACAAGUGCAAAGACGACAAGCAGGUCGUUCUCAAGGGCUACCGGACCAUACCCUUUGACGAAAAGCUGCAUUGCUCCCCCUUGGCAAGCAAACACGACGCCCACUACUGCGAUUUGAAGCUAAGGGUGUCUUAUCGAGGCAGUCCCCCAACGAAACGAAACGAAUAUGGCGAAGAAUCAAUCACGAUCAAGUUCACGUUAACCACAGCUCAGGUCAAAGAGUAUGGCAAGAAACUCGAGGGCAAGGGAUACAAAAGCACCUGGCGCCGAAUUCCCUACACUCUCGUCAUAACGCAGAGAAGCACGUAUUUUGACGCCACCUUGAACUGUUGCGGUGAGAAAAUCAAGUCCUUUAAGCUGCAAUACUUGGAGAGUUGGGCCUUUGCCCUACUUUCCCAAGGGAGGAGGUAUUGUUAG